UGACUAAAUGUCAAGUGUAUAAUUGGUUGCAUAGUCACUUUGUUUUAAUUUUAAGUUUGGAGGGCGCCAAACGUUUUAAUAUCGAAAUAUUAGCAACAAUUUGCACUAAACUUUAAUUAUAAUUGCUGCUUAAGGUUACUAGUGGUCUGAAAUGGCAGACGACUGUGCAGACCCUGAGUUAUUUUCGCCCCGCAGGGGUUCCCGGCAACGCAAUUUGAGUCUAAAAGCUAAAGAAUACGUAUCUACUUCCAGUAGGAGGAAACGUGGCUUUAAAAAACUGAAUAUUUCUACAGCAACUGAGUCUGAGGACGAUUCCAAUUGUGAGAGUAGUGAAAAACCAACAGUUUUGCACGAUAAUGACCAUGUCCCUGGUGAUAAAUUAUUCACGUUUCAAACGCGCAAAAAGUGCGAAGUCGUUCAACAAACGCCGCACGCUUUUAGGGACAAAAUGAGGAAAAAUAUCGUGGCGAAAAUUUUGGAAGAGAAUGGUUCGAGCGGAGAUGAUUUUUCAGCCAGUGAGAGUGAAUUCGAAGUGUCUGAGGAAAAUUCAGAGGAGUCUUCCAGCAGUGACGACACACCGCCUCCCCCGCAAAACAAAAAUAUUAAACCCACUUUAGGAGCGAGAAAAGUCAAUUACACUAUAAAAACAGACGAUUAUUUCGCACAACACGCCAGUAAAAAAACUCUAACGUCCAAUCACACUUUAGAUAAGUUGGAGACACCAAGACUGCCGCAAGACCAACUGCAUAAACUUUUGUCGAGAGUUAGCCUAGGGUGUGAGCAUGAAAAAGCCACGAAAAAAUUAAUCGAGACGAAUUGCGCCUAUUUUGAUAAGUGGAUGUAUUUGAUGCAUGAAAAUUUCAAUAUUUUGUUGUAUGGGUUGGGCUCAAAGAAGGGCGUUUUGAAUGCUUUUCACGAAAAGUGUUUGAAGAAGUUGCCAACGGUUGUCGUGAACGGAUUUUUCCCUUCAUUAUCAAUUAAAGAUGUCCUUGACGGGAUUAUUUUAAAUUUACUAGAACUGAAGGAAAAUCCCUCAAAUAUUUACGAGGCCUGCGACCUUAUCGAGCGCGAAUUUAGUUUUAUUCCCGAAACUCAUUUAUACCUCAUUGUGCACAACAUCGACAUGAUGCGGAGUGGAAAAGCCCAAAGUGUCUUUGCAAGACUCGCGUCAGUCAAUAACAUUCAUCUAAUCGCGUCAAUUGACCACAUAAAUGCCCCCCUAAUUUGGGACCAUUCCAAAAUAAGUAAAUUCAAUUUCACGUGGUGGGACGUUACCACUUUCCAACGCUAUAUUGACGAAACGUCCUUCGAAAGCUCAAUGUUGGUCCAAAGGACCGGAAACCUGGCCUUAUCAUCGCUUCGGAACGUUUUCUUAUCACUGACGAGCAACUCCAAAGGAAUUUACUUAAUCCUCGUCAAGUAUCAAAUCGAAAAUGGCAAAAAACAAUACUAUCAAGGCCUGGCGUUUAAAGACUUGUACUCUUUGUGCCGCGAGGCAUUUUUGGUGAGUUCGGACCUGGCAUUGCGGGCCCAACUCACCGAAUUCGUGGACCACAAAAUGGUGAAGUUCAAGAGAGCGCCAGACGGGACUGAGUAUUUGAUAAUCCCGAUUGCAAACGCGUUAUUACAGCAAUUUUUAAAUGAACAUUCCGGUUGAUUGUAUUUUCCAAUAAAAAUUUAAGUUGG